GGCGGAGCUAAGGCGGAGGUUCCUCCUCUGCCCGCUGCCGCCGGUCGCGCCGCCAUGGAGGGGGGGGUGCGGCUGCGCGCGGGUGCCUCCAAGGGCGACAUCCGGGAGAGGGUCUGGGACCACCUGGAGCGCAGCGGCCUGGCCCGCUUCCCGCGGCCCGUGCACCACCGCAUCCCCAACUUCGAGGGUGCCUCCCAUGCUGCGACAAGGCUUCUGGGUUUACAGGAGUUUAAAGCUGCCAAUACUGUAAAAAUAAAUCCCGAUGCUCCCCAGAAGAACGCUCGCUUUCUAACACUGGAAGCAAGGAAGACACUGUUGGUUCCCACACCACGUCUGAGAACUGGGCUGUUCAAUAAGAUUGUUCCACCUUCAGGUGCAACCAAGGAGAUCCUGCGAAUAUGUGCUACAUCUCAGGGUAUAAAAGAAUACAGUGUGCCCGUAGGCCUUGAUGGGAAAGCACGAGUGGACUUGGUUGUUGUAGGAUCAGUGGCUGUCUCUGAGAAAGGCUGGAGAAUUGGAAAAGGGGAAGGUUAUGCAGACAUGGAAUACGCAAUGAUGGUGUCAAUGGGUGCAGUGCAGGCGGAUACACCUGUAAUUACUACUGUGCAUGACUGCCAGGUGGUUGACAUAGCAGAAGAGCUUCUAGGUGAUCAUGAUUUAACCGUGGAUUACAUACUCACUCCAACAAGAACUAUCAAGACUAAUUGCAAACGACCGAAACCUCAGGGAAUAAUAUGGCAAAAGGUCAGCUAUGAGAUGCUGGAAAAAAUCCCCAUCCUAAAGAGUCUUCGAUACAGAGAGAAGCAGGCUGGCAAGGACGUUACCCUCCAAGAUGAACUUUCAGACUUGGCAAACGCCAACACGCCAGCAGCGUUAAAUGAGAAGGCGAUGGCUGAAAAUACAAGUCAGCCGGCUGCAACAGGCUCGGCUCAAAUAGGACAGCAUUAUGUUGAAAGUGAUUCUUUAAGUCCCGGAUUAGAGGGAUCUGGCCUGAUUACUACUGUGUAUGUGGGGAACAUACCUCCCAGCGUAAGAGUGAGCGAGCUGAAAUGUGCUUUAAGGGAAUUCCGUGCAACUCCUUUACGACUGAAUUGGCAAGGAGCGCAGCACAGGGCUUUUCUCGAUUACAAGGAUAAAGCAACCGCAGAGAGUGCUGUAUCCUCUUUGAAAGGCUUCAGCCUCGGGGGUAGUACUUUGCGAGUUGAACUGGCCAAGAAUCAGAGAAACAAAGGGCAAGUAGAAAUCAAUAGUCAGAAAUGAAAAUGAAUAGAGGAGAAAAAUAAGUGUUUUUAUUGUUUUUUGAGGAGGCAAUCUAAGUUUUCAAGGAUAUUAGUAUACCUUCUGAUUUCUGCAGGCUAAACAACAAAGUGCAAAGCCAACUUUGCAAACAACUGAGGCGUACGUCUCACAGCUGACUUGCCUGCGUCACCCCUGCAGUUGUACAUGCAAAGUGUAUUUGUCAAGACAGAUGAUGGAGGGGCCGUUUCUCUGAAUAGCUAUCCACACUUGUGUAUUUGCUUUUCAUUGGCCAGGGCUUGAUUUGCUGUUCAGUGUGUUAUGGUGGUUAGGCCUGGAUCAAAACCCUGCCCGUUGGUAGCUCUGUGCAGCCACGUGGAGCAAGGUGGUUACGUUCUGUCAUCUAGAGGUUCUACCUGCUAAUUUGUACUCCUGAGCUUAAAAGCCAGCUGCAGAGAAUCCAUCUUAAGGGUUAUAAUUGGGUUACAAGUUUACUAAAAAAUGGGGUUUGCCUGUUGGGAGUUUUCACCGUAUUUUUCCUAAAAAUGACUGGGGAGAGAGGUUGCCCUUUCCGUGCUCCUGAAGAACAGGUGUGGAAACACUGGCUCAGCCUCUGAGUUCUAGUAAUAGCUAUUAACAUAGGUGGAAGGGAUGGUAGCCCCUCUCUCAGCUUUAUUUUAUUAAUCCAGCCCUUUGUAAACCUUAUAUUUCUUAUUUCAGUCUGGCAGAGGAAAGCGAAGUCCAGUUUUCUCCUCUGCUUUUCCCCGAAACACUUCAGGUGCCUUUUUAUGGAUGCAGAUGCUUAUAAAAGCGAUGCUUUUCCUGAUUGUCUUGCCACUUAUAAUUUGGUGUGAUUCCAUCGCCUCUGUGACAUUAAUGCGAUUAAUAUUAAUCAUUGCAGUGGAAAUGGAAAGCAGGCAGACCCUGGUCGGAACGUGUGGGUGCCUGGUCUGGCUUGGAGUUGUUUGAGAUGUUACUGGAGGUAGUAACAAAGCCUGUCCUGCUGUGCCCCUGUCACCGCCAGCGAGGCCUUCCUGCACCCACCGCAUCAGAGCGCGAUGAGGGUUGGACAGCAGCGCUGGCAACCUUGCGUUGUGAAAGCGCUAUCAAGUACUAGCUUGAACAGUAAGAUUUGCGCACACGUGAACAUUCACUUACGUGUAGAGGAAAAUGAUGAUUUAUUUGGUACGGCUUUUAUUACUUUUUUUUUUCUCCUUUGGUUUCCUAUUCCUGAAAAACAAGUUGAAUUUUGGCUGAGCCAUCCUUUCUAAACAGAAGCACUUUUGCCAUUGAUGCUGGGCACAUAGUCAAAGUAAGCAUCUAAAUGGAUAUUUUUUUAAGUACGAGUUGGAAACUUUUUUUAGCCAGAGGGUACUGUUAAGUAUAUUUUAAGCAUGUUAUGAUCCCUCAAGGGUCAGACAUUUCAUACAGUGUUAAAUAAAAAGUUCUCAUCGUUAUCAUGUACUCGGUACAGAGGAAAUACAGAGGAAAGUAUUGCUUCAACUUCUUGUAAGGUCUACAAAGGAGAGGUUUCUGGAAAAAAAAAAAUAGUGCCAUGCUCUAUAAUGCUCUCUCUUUCUCCAGUUCAAAAUUGUCUCCAAUAUCACUUAGUCUGAAUGAAAGCAUAAGCACUGCGGAGUCCUCUGUGUCUUGUUUCAGUAGUCGUGCACUUCAAGGGUAAGAGUCAGGGGUUAUGUUACUACUUAAACAUACUCAUUACAUCAUAAGCUUAGAAAGCAGAGGAAAGAAAAGCAAAAAAAUAAUUAUACAUCACCGCCUUCCCCUUCCAAAUGAUGGCAAAUUAAGUAACAUAAUCAUCUGACGUUCUUCUUGACUCUUGCAGUACUGCUUACUCUGGUGAAGAUGCCCAGGUGACCUUAGCAGUUAAAGAGCAGUUAUUCUGCCAGUGAAAACUUCCAGCAUCUCCAACAUCCCCUGUUGCAUUGCAGAUUGAACCAGCCUUCUCUGGUCAAAGUUGUGGGAAUUUCAUCCUCUACCUUAUUUCCUUUCUUAACAUCUGAAGAUUCGGUGCAGAUACAUUUACACAUGAUACGUAAAUGUGUUCCGUUUGCUUUGCGCUCAAGGCUGCAUGCGGUCAGACAAACAUGUCUAGAUGGUUUUCUGUUUGCAGCUGCCUGUAACCCACGGGGUGAGCUGCGCUAGGUCUAUAUCCAGGUGAGCAGAUCUGUGCAGUUCUCUUCCAGCCUGUCACUUUUUUCUGUCCUGUAUUGGGAGGCUACAUUUCACAUCUUGUUACUUUCCAGACAGGCAAUAAACAAUCCAAACCCCACUACAAAGAUACUAACUAGACAGAGGUAUGUAACUGUAGUUAGGCUCAGAGAAGAAAAAUAAUUACUACAAGUUCAAGCUAAUGGACCAUUCGUUAGCGUUUUGGGUGGACUGAAAUAAUCAUGUUGAUAUUUUGAGAAUUGUUUUUCCAACUUAAUCAGUCAUUUUUUGAUCCAGGUUAUUAAUAAACGGCAAGGUCUUCCGGGCCUUGCCAUCUUAAAGUUA